AUGUCCGAUGCUCGCAUCCUCAGGCAUCCACGCUCACCGCCUUCCGCUUCCUCCCUACUCCGUACACCAAAAAUCUCGACUCCAACAGACACUCAAAGCCAGCCUCAACCCAUCGCAGCAGCCAUGCCGCCCCGUCUGCCAGUGCCGCUGGCCCAGCUCUCCCAGACGCUCUGGGUGCAGCCCCAGCACCUCCUUUCCCGCAGCACACCGACCCGAUCCUUCGGCAUCCGCUCGCUCAACCCGCCCAAACCCUCCCGCUUCAACGUCGGCCCCGACCUCCCAGUGCUCAAAUCCACGCCGACCGCGGCGCUCGACCGCAAAGCGAACACGCUCCCGCUCCGCACGGGCGCCGUCGCCAUCAAAAAGGGCAUGACGGGCGUCUACGACGCCGCGACGGGCCGCCGCAUCGCCUGCACCGUGCUGCAGCUCGACCGCGUGCAGGUCGUCGCGCACAAGACCCGCCCCCAGCACGGCUACUACGCCGUCCAGGUCGGCGCCGGCUGGAAACACCCCAGCAACGUGACCAAGUCGCUGCUGGGCCACUUCUCCGCCCACGGCGUCUCGCCCAAGCGCCACGUCUUCGAGUUCCGCGUCCGCGACGAGGCCGGCCUCCUCCCCGUCGGGCGCGACAUCCCCGCCAGCUGGUUCCGCGAGGGCCAGUUCGUCGAUGCGCGGUCUACGACUAAGGGGAAGGGGUUUGCGGGUGUGAUGAAGCGCCAUGGGUUUGGCGGUCAGGACCGCUCGCAUGGUGUCAGUCUGACGCAUCGGUCGAUGGGUUCGGCGGGCCCCAGUCAGGGCGGUGGCUCCAGAGUGUAUCCCGGGAAGAAGAUGGCGGGGAAUAUGGGGAAUGAGCAGAAUACGGUGCAGAAUUUGAAGGUGCUCAAGGUGGAUCCGGAGAAUGGGAUUGUCGUUGUGCAAGGUGCUGUGAGUGGCCCCAAAGGCUGCGUGGUCAGAAUCCAGGAUGCAAUCAAGAAGCCGUGGCCGGAGAUGGCGGAAGCCGAGGCAUAG